AGCGGCGUCGCCGUGGGGGCGGGGGAGCACCGAGCCUGUCAGGGGGAAUCCCAGCUGUUCCCGCAUCUCCUUUCAUACCCCUCCCCCAACUGUCCCGAUACAGCUCGAGAGGCCAAGGUUUCCUCUCCCUCCUGGAAAUGAAGCCCUGAGGCUCCUCCAGCCCCCAGCUCAGGGAGAUAGUUUUCCAGUGAUUUGAAGAAAUCUUUAGAUCUCCGUUUUUAAAAAUGAAAGAUGAAAUUGCCACAACAAUUUUCUUCAUCACAAGAUUGGUGAAAAAAUCUGAUAAGUUGAGUAAGCAACAAAUAGAAGAAUUUGCAGCUAAGCUGAUGGCAAUACUGUUUGAGACAUACAGGACGCACUGGUACCCAGAUAUCCCUUCUAAAGGGCAAGCUUUCAGGUGUAUCAGGAUAAAUAAACAACAGAAAAAAGAUCCUCUUCUGGAGAGGGCAUGUGCUGAAAGUAAUGUGAAUUUUUUUCACCUGGGACUUCCAAAGGAGAUGACCAUAUGGGUAGAUCCCUUUGAAGUAUGCUGCAGGUAUGGUGAGAAAAAUCGUCCAUUUAUAGUUGCUUGUUUUAAAGGCAGGCAGGAAGAAUGGGAAAUAUCUCAACAGAUCCGUCAUGCUGUUAGUAAAGUCACAUCUGACUACUAUUCUGGCACUUCCUCUGAUGAGGAUACAUGUGGCAGAGAGCCUCAAGUAAUUCCUAAAGUCAAAAAUCCAAAAAGCAUUUAUCAGGGUCUGCUUUACACACCGCCCAUGGGAAGCAUGCUGUCUGCCAUCUGCAGGAGAAAUUCAACAAACACCCACACGCGAGCCAACGGAAAACUCUCAGCAAAACAAACACUCUGCUGGGGAGAUCCCAGCCGGGCCAGGCGGCCCGCAUGUGUACAGAGGGCGGACAAGGGAGCACCUGCCCCUGCAGCCACUCCUUUUACCAGCGUCCUGGGCUGGCCAUCAGGAAGUUACCAGGGUCAGCCAAACUCGCUUACUUCCUCGACUUGGGAUCCCAUCUCCCACUACCAUGCUUCUGCCAAAACUGUCCUUCAGGCUUGGAAUAAACUCCCUUCUCUUUUCCAUCAAGGAUCAUCAUAACAGGUAGCACUGGAAGUCCUUGGCCUGAUUUGGAAAUGUUAAAAACAAGAGAGACAUCAAUUCAUCUUACGUCCAAUAGAAGAUGACUGGAGGUUACCCAGAAGAUUGAGUCAGCUAAGGGAAUUUGUGUCUGAUGCUAUGAGUUAAGACAUCAAUUGGAAGUGGGACUUCUGGGGGAAAAAAAACAACAGUAACAACACCACUUUCCAUUUCUAUGCCAGCAAGGUGGUUAAACCAGGCCUAGAGUCAGGAACACCUGACUCCAAAGCAGCUUCAGAUACUUAUUAGCUGU